AUGAGUGGCCUCCCAGCCCAUUAUACGCCGCUCGAGUCGCUCCUGUUGUUCCAGUCCCUCGCUUGCUAUGGCGUAGAAGCUCCCGUCUUCGCCAAGGUUUCCGAUCUGCUGCUGCACAACGAUGCUGUAAAGAACGCUGCGAGCUUCAGCCCCGACCGCUUGACGCCCGAUGCCCUGCGCGACCUGUACCUACAUCUGCUGAAGGAGGAGAUCCGCGAUGAGCUCGAUCCGAGGUCCGAGAACGAGCCGCCCGUCCAGAAUGGCGACAGUCCGUCGAGGAAGCGCAAAGCACCGAGCCCCAACCCGCCCUCCGUCCAGGAAGCUGCCCAGCACCAACAUCUGCUGCCCCAGUUGAUCGCGAAGCUGUACACGCGCUACCGACGCCAUGCCAUUGACGAGAUUCGCGAACACGAGAAGCGCUAUGAUCACUUCUCGCGGGAGCUUCGCGCUAUUCAAAGCGGCGAGUGGGAUGAGCGUUUGCAACGGGAACACCUGGUCAAUGGCGCGAGGGAAGCAUCUCGAGCUUCGCCUAUUGCUGGACCUUCACCCGCCGUUGCUCAGCCGACUACGGAAAUUGCGCCGCAGGACGCCCAAGGUCCGGUGAAAGCACCUUCUACAGCUCCUCAGGCCAGUCCACCCGGCAGCAAAGAGCAAUCACCCAGCGCUCAGCACACGCAAGCGCCGCGUCGGUCCUCGGCUAAAAUAGAAAGCAUCAUUAACCAUCCGUCUGAUUCUCCUGUCAAUGGAAAUGCUUCUUCUCCUCAUCUGAAGUCGGCCACACAAUCUCCGGUUCCCCAUCAAGCACAACCGCAACCUGCGCCUCAUCAACGGACCCCAUCGCUUCCGCAGCAACCGCAGCAGCAGCAGCAACCGCAGCAACAGCAACAACAGCAAGCUAGGGCCCCUCCGCAACACCCUCCGCAUGGUGGCCAGUAUCCUUCGCCCUAUGGUCCGCCGCCUUCUGCAUCCGCUGGAUCUUCUCAGAGUCCUGCGGCCCAUAAUGUCCCCAUAACCUCCCGCCCAUCGCAGGGGCCGCCUGUAAUCCUGCCUCCGCCUGCAAAUAUGCAGAACAUGCAGUAUCCACCCCCGCCAUUACAGGCUCUCCACAUCAGCAUGCAAGGCCGUUUCCACCUGGUCCUCCACCCGGCCCACCACCGCAUUCACCAAAUGCUCACCACCCGCCACACGUGCAGCAGCCCGGCUGUUACCCUCAAUACCCUGGACAGCAUCCCUAUCCGCACCCGCAGCCCAUGUAUCACCAACCCGUUCAGCAUCCUCCGAUGCCGCCAAGGGGAGGCGGUGUGA